AUGGAUUCAACCGAUGUGACCGAUCUCUGCAAGACGGCUAGCUCCGAAACUGCCAGUCUGAACAAAACCGACACUAGGAUGGAUGCAUUAAAUCAACCGACUGCUGCUGGCGCAAGUCUCUCUAACUUCGAAAUAGUGUCAUCCCCGCAUGGGCGCGGAACGACAAAGGAGGGGGGACCACUAACCAGCGGUAAACUGGAGAGUGUGAAGUCCUCGCGACCCACCGUGGCCUUUGGCUUGUCGCGCUGGGUGGUUUUGGUCGCGUACUGCGUGUACUGCCUCUUGGCGGGGCCGAGUUUUUUCAACUGGACUACGAUUGCAGACACGCUUUACAAAUCCGGCGCGUUCGAGUGGGACUGCAAGCCGGGCGACCUCUUUCCGAACGCGCUGCCUCAUGAACCGAAAUGCCCAGACCAGGAGGUUGCAGUGAACCACUUGUUCACUGUGGCAUCUUGUUCGUACUUUGUCUUCGCCAUGCUCGGCGGGAUCAUGCUGGAUUUUGCAGGUCCUAAGCUGGGGGCGUUUGCAGGCUUGGCGUGCCUCCUCCUGGGAUGGACGCUCUUUGGCUUGUCGUGUGAGAGCUUCCGCGCGUAUGUUCCGGCGGCAGUGUUCAUGGGAGCGGGCAUCGACAUGGCCUUCUUCCCGUGUCUGUGUGGAGCGAAUCUGUUUCCCGGCUACGCGGGGACGAUCAUUGCCGUCUACGGGUCGUUCAGGUCGAUUUCUUUCGUCGUCGGGCUUGCACUUCGAACGAUCUAUUUGAAUGUCGAGGGCGCGACUUUCCGAGGCGUGGUGCUGGGCUACGUCGGCGUCGGCCUGGGGACGUGCGUCCUGGUCGCGAUUUUCAUCAUUCCGCGCAAGGCUUGGACCGCACCCGAUGCGCCGCAGAGCGCGGCGCUGGAGGAAGACGUGGAGGCCAGCGGCGAACGGGACGGUCAGAGCGCGGUGCAGAAGAAGUUGUCGCCGGUGGAGUCCAUGAAGCGCGACUUCCUGUCUCUGUCUUUCUUGCCUCUGGUUCCGUACUUUAUCUUUGUGCUGAUUGCACUCUUGUUCUUCGCGCCAUCGUCGAAGCGGCUGAUCCCCAGUGCGUACGAGGCGAACCAAAUCAUUUCAAUUUUUUCCUUUGUGCCUUGCAUCUUCCUCGGCCGGUUGACAGACAAGGUCGGAAUUGUGCCGGUGAUGAUGGUCUGCAAUUCGUGCGGGCUGUUGUCGUGGAUUCUCGUGUUGAUUCCGGGCAUCCCCUGCUUUGUCGCCUCGCAGUACGUCAUCUCAAUCCUCAUCGCAAUUCAAAUGUCCUUCCUGGUCUCCCAGAUCUACUGCUACAUCACGGAGAUCUUCCAGCCGGAAAACUUGGGAAAAAUGGUCGGCUUCCUCUGCUCAGUGGGCGGCCUGAUUUCGCUCGUGACAGACCCGAUGAGGCGCUACAGUGUCGACAAUAGCUUCUACCCGAUGACCGCCUUCUGCCUGGUUCUUGCUGCAGUCAACGAAGGUCUUCUGCUCUUCAUGUACUGCAGAAAGAAGAAGGUACCGAAGGUGGUGUGA